AUGACGGGCAUCUACCGAAACAUCCACUACACCAAGUACGGCUUUACAAUGGACGACCCGUGGGCAGACACGGCCGAUACCGCCUCUGCUGCCGUUUCCAAAACGUCCAGCGGCCCGAGCAGCCCCGCCAGCCCCGCCAGUCCGGUCAAAUGUCCAGAAGCGACUUCGAGGAAAAGCAUGGGGAGCGACGCCACUCCUUCCUCGCCUGAGAAGGAGAUGGAGGCCCUCACCCUUGAGGACAAGGCGCCGACACCGGAAUCCGAGCCGAAGCAGGAAGCGAGGAUGGACGAGGACGCAGCUUGGGGAGAUGAGACGACACCGCCAGCAGUGUCACCAGCGCUCGCGCCGCCGGCACAUGCCCCACCUCCUCUCGCUCCGCCACCAGUCAGCUUCGGCGAUGACUUCGAUGACGGUGGCUUCGGUGACGAUGGUGGGUUCGGAGACGACGACUUUGGUGCCCCAGGCGGCGGGGACGGUUUUGACGACGACGGAUUUGACGACUUUGGGGACAGCUUUGCGGAGCCGGUGGCUUCGGAGGACUUUGGCGACUUUGACGACUUCGACGAGGGGUUCAACCCGCCGCCUGAAGCUGCCGCGCCCCCGCCUCCACCAGAGAUCGCGGAGCGGACUUGGUACCACCACGACGAGAGCUAG